AUGUUUCGCCUUCGCCUGCUUCCCGUGGCAGCGGGGCUGUCCGCCGUCUCGCGGCGUCACCACGGGGCAGCACCUCACCCCAGGACCAGGCCCGGGCUCCUGGUGGCCAUGGCUUUUGUAGGGACAGCUGCGGCGACGGCCAGCGCCAGGUUCCUUUGGCAGAGGGCCUACGCAGGUGACUCAUCCUCUGUAAAACACGAUCUGAGGACAGAGCCGAGUGAGAAGGUGAAGCAUGAGGAGGAGGAGAGCAGCAGCAGCAGUGAGGGCAGAAAAGCUGUUGCAUCAGGAGAUGAGGAGGCUCAGCCAGAAGGGAAGAAGAAGAAGCGUUCUGGGUUCAGGGACCGCAAGGUGAUGGAAUAUGAGAACAGGAUCAGAGCCUACUCCACGCCAGACAAAAUCUUCAGAUACUUUGCCACUUUGAAAGUCAUAAACGAACACGGUGAAUCGGAAGUUUUUAUGACCCCACAGGAUUUUGUGAGAUCGAUAACACCUAACGAGAAACAACCGGAAAACCUGGGCCUGGAUCAGUUUAUAGUGAAACGCUAUGAUGGGAAGAAAUUAUCCCAGGAGCGUGAGAAGUUUGCUGAUGAGGACAGCAUAUUUUACGCACUUGGAGAAUGUGGACUCAUUUCCUUUUCUGACUACAUCUUCCUCACAACAGUCCUUUCCACUCCCCAGAGGAAUUUUGAAAUUGCCUUUAAGAUGUUUGAUCUGAAUGGUGACGGCGAGGUGGACAUGGAAGAGUUUGAGCAGGUGCAGAGCAUCAUUCGAUCCCAAACCAGCAUGGGCAUGCGCCACAGAGACCGCUCUACAACGGGGAACACCCUGAAAACUGGCUUCAACUCUGCCCUGACAACGUACUUCUUUGGGGCAGAUCUGAAGGGGAAGCUGACCAUCUCCCACUUCCUCGACUUCCAGCGCAAACUGCAGCACGACAUCCUGAAGCUUGAGUUUGAGCGGCACGACCCAGUGGAGGGGCGGAUCACGGAGCGGCAGUUCGGCAGCAUGCUGCUGGCCUACAGCGGGGUGCAGUCCAAGAAGCUCACGGUCAUGCUGAAGCAGCUCAAGAAGCACUUCCAAGACGGAGAGGGGCUGACGUUUGAGGAGGUGGAGAGCUUCUUCACUUUUCUGAAGAACAUAAACGACGUGGACACAGCUUUGAGCUUCUACCACAUGGCUGGAGCUUCACUUGACAAAGUGACGAUGCAGCAGGUGGCCAGGACGGUGGCCAAGGUGGAGCUCUCUGACCACGUGUGUGAUGUGGUGUUUGCACUCUUUGACUGCGACGGGAACGGCGAGCUGAGCAACAAGGAGUUUGUUGCCAUAAUGAAGCAGCGCCUGAUGCGAGGCCUGGAGAAGCCCAAGGACAUGGGCUUCACGCGGCUCAUGAGGGCAAUGUGGAAAUGUGCCCAGGAGACAGCCUGGGACUUCACCGUGCCCAAGCCCUAG